CUACGAAAUUGGUAUGAGAGUGGAUUACCUAGAUGUAACUAUCCAUGCCGAAUACCCGGAUGUCAAAUUUCGGACUACCAUUUUUCGGAAGUUAGCAGCACAGCCGUAUCUACUACCAUACGAUAGUGCCCACCCUAUAUAUUAGGGAGAGACUCCUCAUACUCAAUAUCGGACGCUCGGAUCAGACAUUGUGUUAGGCUGUAUUUACAUUCUCUAAUGGCCGUUAUCCAGUUGUCUUGAACUUCAAGAAAUUUAGGGUUCGUUUUGUCCCCUUUAUACUGGAGGUCUAUGUCGAGUUUGUUCAGGAAAGGAGGGGGUGCUGGUGCGUUAAAACGAGCCUCGAACAUACAUUUCCGUUCUUUUAUCACGUUAAUUUUAUCGUGCGAGAUGAGGAUCUCGGUACAUUUAAGCAAUGGGUCUACGUGAGUGGGAUUGUCUGUGAUAUAGUGAUGGCAUUUAGUUUUUAAGUUCGAGUGAAAUUCUUGUAUAUCAUGUUGCCGGCGUAGCGUUCCGCUGCGUCUUUGACACGAUAGGUCAUGGAUUUUUAGAAAUGUUUCUACUAUGCUAUGUAAUUCUUGCUCGAUUUUCAAUCGGAUAAGAUCUGGAUUAUCAGAUUCUGCUGCUAAUAAAUUGAGUUGGAGGUCAAAGUUUUAUUGACAGGCUGUGAGGUUAGAAAAAGAGUUCGAGGAAGGUUGGGUGCUUUGUCGGUUUGAGUGGCAGUUGUAAUUUUGGGUGCAGGUUGACUGGUUUGCUUCUUCUUUUUUCGACGGGUGUUUGAUUUUUUAGCUGGAGGAGGUAGGGGUUUAGAUGGAGGGAGUAUAGCUUGAGGGAGUAGAGGUUGAGGGAUGGGUACAGAUUCAAUUUGUGAUACGCUGCGUGGUGCCGGCGUGCCUUGGCGACUGAUCCGGCGUAACGUUCGUGCUGCAUAGUACGCGUUACGGGGUGGCGGGUGAUUAUUAUUGAGAAAAUCGUGGAGUGGGAGAGGUGGCGGAUAUAAACUAGACUGGUCCCGAUUCUAAGUGCACGGUACUAUUUUGCACGUCACAGUUAGUUUUCUUUUUCUCUUCUUAGUUGCUGGAAUAAAAUAGUGUUUUUACUUGAACAUACAUAAUAACAAGAAACGGCGAUUGCAGAUAUUAGUAAAUUAACGAACAACUGCGAUUCAAUUGGAGCAACUACUAUAUCAUCUUGUAAUAUUAAUUAUACUAAAAGUAUUCAGGAUUAUUUACCAUUAAUAAAAAGGAAAAGGAAACAAGUUUUGUAUAACAUUUCUGGAUUAUUCAAAGUGGAAUGAACGCAAUACUUGGAAAGUCUUGUUUUCCUCUCCCUCUUUCUCUCUUCCGAUGUAAUCGACAAGGUUUAACUGGAAAGGUACUUAUUGAUGGAGACCCACAAUUAAAUGAUUUCAAAUAUCGCAGUGGUUGUGUUGUUCAAGAUAAUAUUGUCAGUGACACUUUAACUGUACGUGAGAAUUUAACAUUUUCAGCAAAUUUGCGUUCAUCAAAUUUAGUAACACAAGAAGAGAAACGAAAUAUUGUUAAUCAAGUCAAAUGUCAAUUAUGA